AUGAGCACUAGAAAAGUUGCAGUAAUUACAGGUACAAAUAGUAACCUUGGUAUCAACAUCGCAUAUCGAUUGAUUGAAAGGGAGAGUCCAUCCACUAGAUUGACAAUUGUUGUUACAUCCAGAACUUUGCCACGUGUGAGAGAGGUCAUUGAAUUAUUGAAAAAGCAUGUUAAAAAAGUGAAUCGUGUUGGGUUAGUGGAUUAUGACUAUCUUCUUGUUGAUUUUACUGAUAUGGUGAGCAUUUUGAAUGCAUACUACGAAUUAGAAAAACAAUAUAAAGCGAUUCACUACUUAUUCAUUAAUGCAGCUCAGGGUGUAUAUGAUGGUAUUGAUUGGUUUGCUGCUGUGAAGGAUGUCCUGGUGAAUCCAUUAGAUGCCGUAACUUAUCCAACGUAUAAAAUCCAAAAAGUUGGUGUAAAAUCCGCAGAUGGGAUGGGUUUAGUCUUUCAAGCAAAUGUAUUUGGUCCCUAUUAUUUUAUUCACAAGAUACUUCCAUUAUUGCAAGAAGGUAAUGCUAUUAUUGUAUGGAUUUCCAGUAUUAUGUCCUUACCUAAGUAUUUAUCCUUGCAAGAUAUGGAAUUGCUCAAGAGUGACGCAUCAUAUGAAGGUUCUAAGAGACUUGUAGAUUUAGUCCAUUUAGGGACGUACAAACCAAUGAAAGAUAUAGGUGUUCAUCAGUAUGUUGUUCAUCCAGGUAUUUUUACAAGUCAUUCAUUUUUUAAAUUUUUGAACGUUUUUACAUAUUACGGUAUGUUAUUCUUAUUCUAUUUUGCGAGAUUAUUGGGAUCCAAGUGGCAUAAUAUUGACGGUUAUAAAGCUGCAAAUGCUCCUGUAUAUGUCGCAACAUUGGCCAAUCCACAUUUUGAUAAUCAAAACGUGAAAUUUGGGUCAGCAACUUCAUUGGAUGGUAUUGAAUACAUAGAGAGAACGGAUAUAGACCCUACAGGUAUGAGUGAUGUUAUGGGAUAUAUGAACUCUAAGACGGAAGAAUGGGAUGAAAAAUUAAAGGAUCAAAUUACGAAUAGUAGGGUUCCUAUUUAA